GCUGCAGUCAUCACCACGCCGUGUCCAUCUUCCGAUCAUGGCGAGGUUGCUUCGAAGGCAGAAGAGUCGGAAGCUGUGGGUCCUGGUGACCUUGCUGGUCCUGUGGGGAUGGUGUUGGAACCGAAGCCCGGGAUUUCUUGGCAGUGGCUCUCCCCCGAGGCCAUCUGAGGGUCAGAGAUUGGCCACAAACCAGCAGCUUGGGCAGGCUGUGAAGGAACGGGAUGAUGAAAUCUUGGAACAGUUGAGAGAUGAUGAAGGCGCAUACCAGGCGGAUUUGCUGGGGUCCCCCCGACCUUUGUUCACGUUGACGGAGCAGUGGGGCCUGCUGGGUCUGUUGGUUGGCCUGGUAGUAUUGCUGGCCAGUAUGGGUGGCAUGGAAAGCUCCUUCCUCGAUCUCUUGCAGGGCGGCUGGGACCAAACUCAGGCCAUGGAGGCGCUCACCACGUUGAAUGAGGGUACAGCCGCUGCUGGUGCAGAGGUGGCAGGUGGCAUCCUGGAGCCGGGGCUCAGCAUCGCUCUUCCAGGUCUGCUGGCUUCGCUGGGCAGUUUGGCUGGUUUGGUGGUCCAAGGAAUUAAGGACGAGAAGAGAUGCCGAAUUCGCCCAAGGGCUUUGGGAGAAUGACCAAUCUGGGUCAGUUCCAAG